GCCCCGCCUCCUCUCGUUGCGUGAGUCCUGGCGGCGCAAUGGAGACCGGGUGCUGGUUGCUCGGCGGCGAGUUUGAGGACUCUGUGUUCGAGGAGAGGCGGGAGCGGCAGCUUGGACCGCCAUCGUCCUACAUCGCCAAGCGCUGCGAGCCGCAGUGGUUUUAUGAAGACUCAGGGAGCAGUGAUGAUGUGGAAGCUCUAACCAUCCAGAAAUUCAAAGGGGACCUGGCCUACAGACGGCAAGAGUAUCAGCCUUUCUUUUCUUCCUUUCUUUUCACCUCUUCUCUCCUUUUCCUUUAUUUAACAAAUAUUUGCCAGAAAGCUCUGCAGGAAUAUUCCAGUAUCUCAGAAAAACUGCCAUCUACGAAUUUUGCCAUGAAAAGGGAUGUCCAGGAAGGCCAGGCUCGGUGUCUUGUUCACCUGGGAAGGCAUGAGGAGGCCCUGGAGAUUGCUACAAACUUGGAAAAUAAGGCAACUAAUACAGACCAUUUAACCACUGUGCUCUACCUCCAGUUUGCUAUUUGUUCAAGUUUGCAGAACUUGGAGAAAACAAUUUUCUGCCUACAGAAACUGAUUUCUUUGCAUCCCUUUAAUCCUUGGAACUGGGGGAAGUUGGCAGAGGCUUAUUUGAAUCGGGGGCUGGCGCUUUCAGCAUCCUUUGCAUCAUCUCAGGAACAGAACACCUUGAGUGACAAAACUCUCAAAUCCUGCUUUCCCCACUUGAGAAAAGACUGUCUUCUGUGUUUCCCUGAAAUGAGCUCUGUGUUUUCUGUGGAAGCGAGCAGCGGUGACAACCAGAAGAAUGAGAAAGCUCUUAAAAAUAUUCAAAACCGUGUGGCAGAAGAGAGAGCGGCGGUGUUACUACCAGAAACUCAGAUGAAAGCCUGUGCCUCUUUUAUACGAACCAGGCUUUUGCUUCAGCUUGCCCAGUCUCAGCAAACAUCGUUUGCUUUGGAGAAGAACUUAAGGACUCAGCAGGAAAUUGAAGAUAAAAUGAAAGGGUUCAGCUUCAAAGAAGACACUUUGCUGUUGAUAGCAGAGAGCUCAGCUUCCUGAACACGCUGUGACUUCUGCCCAGUCCUGCCUUUCUGGAGCCCCGGGCCCUUGCAGAGACAUCCUGAAGCCUGGUGAGGCAGCGGAGCCCCACUGCCAGCGCCACGGGUGACUCUGCCUGCCUGUGAGGUACCACAUUUCAACAAAGAUGUGCUUCCUUUUUGAAAAACCUUGGGUAGAAAUCUCCAUGAAACAAAUCCAAGGCCGUUGUUUACCAAAGCGAUUAUUUCAAAUAGCAGCUUUCUAGUGCUUUUGAAAUCUCCUCUAUAAAAGUAGUUUAUGCACAGCUUUCCAAGGUCUUAAUCAUAAAAAUAAACAAGCAAACAAAACCCAGAGAGGAUUAUACAAAGGCUCCAAAGCUUGUGAAACCAUGGUCC